AUGUUGCAGGCAUGCGCCAAAGUAGGGGCCACCGGCUACCUCACUUCCCGCAGCGUCAGCGGGUGGGCGCGCGCGCGCUGGCGGCGGCGGUGGCGCGGCGCGCGCGACGGCAAGCGAUCGCCGACGCCGGAGCCGAGUAGCGAAGGGCGCAGUGCCGCCGCGCCGCGCCGCCGCACCGCGCGCAUCAUGCUCAACAUGAAGCUCAAGGAGCGCCUCGCGCUGGCCAUAAGCGCGUUCCUCGUGCUGUUCACGCUCAUGCUCGUCGUCGACAUACAGAUGGACUACGGCAUCUCCGGGCACAGGGUGCCGCUGCACGGCCGCGUCCGCAUCGGCGACGAUCUGGACAAAGGCAGGUCGGCCUACAUCGAGUUCAGGAAGCGGUUCCUGCAGAAGAGUAACGGCAGCAACGGCUCAAGGGAGUUCGAGCAGUCGGCUCCUAGUGAGACCAGCGGUGCGGAGGCGGAACCCCGAACCCCCGCUGCCCCUUUGGAUCACUACGAGGACCUGCUGAGGAUAGUGAACGCCCAGCUGCAAGGGCGCGAGGAGGACAACCCGGUGGUGGUUCCCCCGCAUCACGACCUGAACGUACUGCGCCCAGAAAACCCAACAAUCGGGGAGAUGGAGGACCUGGAACCGAGCGUGAACGCGUCCAAUUUGGAGAAGUUCCAACUGAGGAUAGCUCAGCACGAGCUAUACGAAGACGAACAAAAAGAGGGCGGAACCCAGCUAAAGUUGAUCAUCGAUUAUCAGAACGGCGUUCAAGCACUCUUCAAACCCAUGAGAUUCGCUCGCGACGUGCAAACGCUGCCGAACCACUUUUACUUCUCCGAUUACGAAAGGCAUAACGCUGAAAUUGCCGCUUUUCAUCUAGACAGGAUAUUGGGGUUCCGGCGCGCCAUGCCGGUCAUCGGCCGCGUGCUCAACAUGACGACGGAGAUCUAUGACGUCACCGAGGGCGAUAUUCUGCGCACCUUCUUCGUGUCGCCGGCCAAUAACUUCUGCUUCCACGGGAAGUGCUCGUACUAUUGCGACACGGGCCACGCCAUCUGCGGCAACCCCGACAUGUUGGAGGGAAGUUUCGCCGCGUUUCUGCCAUCGUCCGACCUGGCUGGACGGAAGGUAUGGCGGCAUCCCUGGAGAAGGUCUUACCAUAAGCGAAGGAAAGCUCAAUGGGAAUUGCAAUCAGAUUAUUGCGAUACGGUACGCACAACUCCGCCUUACGACUCUGGUCGACGCUUGCUAGAUUUAAUGGACAUGUCUAUCUUUGAUUUUCUUACUGGCAACAUGGACAGGCAUCAUUACGAGACGUUCAAGAUGUUCGGCAACGAUACGUUCACGCUGCACUUGGAUCAGGGGCGGGCGUUCGGCAAGGCGUUCCACGACGAGCUCAGCAUAUUGGCGCCACUGCUGCAGUGCUGCGUCGUAAGGCACACCACCCUCACCACGCUACUCAAGUUCAACAAUGGCACACCGCUCUCGAAAGUUCUACGCGAAUCGAUGAGGGCGGACCCGGUCUCCCCGAUACUGUGGGAGCCCCACCUAGCGGCGGUAGACCGACGGGUGGGUCUGAUCCUCGACGCGAUCAGGAAGUGCGUGGACAAGUCCGAGAGCCCUCUACAGAACGAAGUGAACGACUUCGUA